GUUCGACCUUUUCCGGGACUUCCUUUUGGCUUUUUUCCGAUAAUUGCAAGUGAAACAAGCGAGCCAGCAAGUAACAACAGAAGAACCAAACAAAGGUUUGUAAACAUACCAGGUGCCGUGAUUUCCGUUAUUAAAACGUGAGCAGAUACGAAAAUCCUCAAAGGAAAAACAAAAUAUACAUUCCGAGUUUUAAAGAUUCUCACGCUCAGUUAGAUUGCAAGCUUACGUACGGUAAUGAAAAUCAAACACAACUAACACUCGUAUAGUAUAUAAAAUUCAGUGUUCAAAAACAAAACAGAAAUGAUGGAAAAUAAAACCAAACUGGCAUAACUGUUAAAACUCGUACUAAUCGUGACGGUGUCAGAGCGAAUAUGAUCAUGCUAAAGUCCAUCGCGGCUCGCUGAUCAUGGCGAUCUCCGGUCAUCGCAGUAAAGCAAGCCUCAGAUACUACAUCAGCCGCUCUUCGAGUUAAAAAAUAAGAGCUUGCUCUGAUAUCCUUUUCGAUGCGUUGAGUGGAAAGUCACAUCAGUCACUGCAGCCGGGUUUUGCGGCGCUGUCAUCCCGAGCGAUCUUCAUGUUCCGGUGAAUUCGGCUGUCAUUCAUUCAUAAAACACUCGCCUUGAACAGUUUGUUUGCUAAAGAGGGUGAGUUUCUAAAGAAACUGUGGUAUUGCGUCGGUGGGAGAGUAUAGCAGGUAAUUUAGUGUUAAUAACUGAGUUGAAAACGUAAUUUAGCCACCUUAAAGGGUAAAAAAGCUGACGUUUCGAGCGUUAGCCCUUCGUCAGAGCGAUUGGAGGAAUUGGGGAUUGUGUGUGGGUUUAUAUGCAGAAAGUGGAGCUACGCCAUUAGUGGGAAUAUGGUGACGAGAAAACAGGAAUGAAUUAGUUGAAUGAAAGAUAAAUUUUUGUUCUAGUGUUUUGCGGCUUUCCGAACCGCCUAGAUGUAAGGAAAGGUCGCAGACUGCUAUAUGCUGUUUCGAAUGAUUAGGGAGAUUAAAGUGUCUAGCGACUGGUUUGGAUGCGUCCUUGUCAUUUCUUUCCGCGUCGCGAAGGUGUUCUCGGAAUCUGUGGAUGGGUGGUUCACAUUUAUUGGGGUUGAAUAUCAAUUGAGAUAUCGUCCUGUUUUCUCGAAGCGGAACAAUGAAAUAUCAAUGCUAGUGAAAACACCGAUGUAUCAAACAAGAAAUGGUUACUUACGUAGCGAAGGGAAGGCAGCUUUUCUUGUUCAGCGAGGUCGUACAGCGAUAUUCCGGCGAUGAAAAAGUCAUGUGCUGACUAAACUCAUUUAGUCAGUUCAGGCGGACGAUCAGAGACUGGAGCCAUUCCUGUAUUUCACUGCUGACAGGAAUAGCUCCGACUCAAACGUUUGUUAAUUUUUUUUUCAAUAAUUUUUUAAUAAAUUUUAAACAAUUUUUUUUAAAAAAAUGUUAAAAAAUUUAAAACUAAACUAGUGAGCAGCGCUGUGCAAACAGUUAUUAUAAAACUUCUUUAUUCUCUGACGCGUUUCGUCUAGCUGUCGUAAACUUCUUCAGGGAGUUUUACAAGUCAACACCAAACGCCUAUAUUUAUAAGCCAUUGUUAGCGUCCAAUGCAGGGGCCAAUGACCAUAAGGGCUUGGCCGGACCUACGAGCAAGAAUAGGCAAAGCUGUGAAAAAUUUGAACAUUUCUUCUGAAAAUUUUUUAGGCAAUGUGAGAAAUAUUUUUGGGAGCCACGGUUUUAGCUAAAAAUUUUCAAAUUUGAAAAAUUGAAGCGGUUUUUUACAGACGAUGCCUGGAAAGUAAUUGGCAAAUUAGGUUAGGAUGGCUCGUGUACUUUACAGAAAAUGUGGUUUAUGUUCUACUUAUUCUUUCUUAAAUUUAAGUGAUAUAAAUUCCUUGUCUAAAACAGUAGUGUGAUACAAUAGCAAACGAGAUAUACUCGUUCCAAUACAGCGUCAUAUGAUGAACAGCCUUCAUUAAAUUUAAAACAAGUUUUAUAAAAUCAUUUUACUCUUUCUUGUUAUGGCCGAAAACUGUUCGAAGAUUGGUUGUACCAUCACUGAAAACAGUCAAGGUACUUCGAUAUGAUUCAGUGCGAGAGCUACUGCAACUGGCUUGACUGGUAAGACGUUUUUGGUUUGGUUUGUUUUUUUUUUCCUUUUUUAGGUCUAGUGGAGUUGUUAUAAAAUUACCAAACAAUAUCAAUCCGCGACUUUCUUCCUUUAGGUGUUGUGUAAAAAAAGAUGAAGAGCCCGAUGAAUGGAUUUGUCCUUCAUGUGAACAAUAACCUAGAAAAUCAGUUUUCCACGAAAAAAAACUCCCUCGAUUGCGGCCAAGCCUUAUUUCUUCAGCAGAGCAUGCUGUAAAUAAAAAACAUCGGUCUCAGCGUCACGCAACAUUGCGUGAUUUUCCAAACGUGGCAUGCAGUUGCUGCAUUAUUUUAAAACUUAGAAACUACAUGGCCCUGUAGUAAUAAAAGAGGGCUUCAUUUGCAAGCACUGUAGACUACAACCUAAUAAAUCGCUCUUUCAGUUUUUAUCCCAGUGUAUAAAUUAUUUAGCCAGAACGAAAAAAAAAUUAGUAUACGCAUGAGUUGGAGCCAUUCCUGUCUGCGGUGAAAUAAACGAAUGGCACCAGUCUCUGGUCGUUUGCCUAAACUGACUAGAUGAGUUUUGUCAGCGGAGCUUGUCAGCGGAUGACUUUUUCAUCGCCGGAAUAUCAUUGAACGACCUCGCUGAACAAGAUAGACUCUGCCUUCUCUUCGUUAUGUAAGUAGCCAUUUCUUGUUUAACUCAUCGGUGUUUUUUCAUUGAUAUUUCAUUGUUCCGCUUCGAGACACGUGGUUAACAAUACUCACGAGCAACGAGUUAAGAUAUAACUUAUUAACUUUUACUAUUUUCAUCAUCCAAUCACAGGUCGGAGCCAUUCCUGUAUUUAAUCGCUAGUGUCGGGUUGCAGGAAACGCAUGAGUGGCGCGUCGUAAACACAAGACUUGUUACGAAAUGUUGUAAUGUGGAACUACAAUGUUGCAUUAUGAAACUCCCAUGCCGAAUCGUGGACAACAAAACUAAAAUGGGAAAUGAAUAUGAAAAGCAAAAGUCGAAUUUUGGUGGGGAUAUAACGCCAUAAUUUACUUGGAGUCACAGCACAAUGUUUGGAGUGCGUUGUUUUGAGAUAUUUUACCUGUUAUUUUAUCUCUUCACAUCGACAACCAAUUAUGCCUCCUAAGCAUAGCACGAAUAGACAUUCAAAGAAGAGGUUUUUGGAGGGUCAAUUCACGAAACCCUCGGAAGAUUCUAACAGCGAUGAUUUGAACGCUGAAGCACGUGGCUCGUAUACCCUUUUCAACAUACCAGGUCAAGAAGUCUGUGUCUUUGAAAAAGCUCUUGCCGGAGCCUGGGGUACUUACCAUUUACAUGAGAAAACUGGAAAUUCCAAUAGGAAAAUCAAAUGGUUCGCCCCAUUCCGUUUGGGAAGCUUCAGAAAAUACGGGCUGUGAUUUGAGGUAAAGGUAUUUUUCUUCUCUUUUGAGUCUCUCUAGCUGAUGUGGAUAUAGUUUGUAGCGGUUCCCUCUCCCACAACGUCAGAUUUAAUUGUUUAAUGUUUAUGCACGCGAUUUCCACCCGGAUGGUUUAUGUAAGUGGUAAGCACCCCUGAUUUCACUGAAUCUAAUCCGUGUAUAAAGAGAAAACCGCGCGAGGAAGUGGCAACAAUAACGGAUAUGAGGUUUGUUGAUGGAGUUUCUGAACUUGCUCGGUAGAGCAUUUUCUCCCUGGGGUGGAGGGGAGGGAGGGGAUACGCCGGUAAAUUUCGGAUAGGAGUUUACCGCGAAAGGUCUUAACGCUGACCCUAUUUAAGAAUGAAGCAAACGAAAAUUGUUACCCUAUUUAGAGUGUCUGGAUGGGGUUAACUGACAAAUAGCCAAAGUUUUCAAAACUGACAACUGACAACUAGCUGAAAUUUUAACUGACAACUGACAUUUGUAUUCCCCAUGCUGACCCUCUAUUUAAGGCCCAAAUUCGAAAAAUAACACCCUAGUCAAGGGAAAAGCAAAAUGCAAACAUCAGCUGACAAUGCAUGGCAAAACACAAAUCUCUUUAAAAUCACUGCUAAUGCUAAAGUGGAUAAUUUAAAGAUUUUACAGAUUGUUUUGUUUUUUGUUUAGCUGGGCAUCUAUACAUUGCAAUUUUAGCUGAUACAAUUUAGGUGCCCUAUCUGAGGAUCACACUGGGAAUACAAUGCCAACAGGGGUAAAAAUAAUGUCCUAUAAAUUUUUAAGGAUUGAGGAACUCAAAAUCCAUAUCCUAUCUGUGGCUCAUACCUAUAUAGCCAACCCCUCCCACUCUGGACAUUUUCUUUGAUGAGGUUUGUUGAUAAUGUAUGUUUCAGCUUAGUGCUUUCAGAAAAAAAACUUUGAAAUAGGGUAUGUGCCUUAAUUAUUCUCCUUGUCUUCUGCGAAAUUUGUGGUGGGAAACAUCAUUUUGUUUUGGACAUUUAAAAACAGACUUUAAGUUUAUAGGUAAACAGUUGUUUGGUGUUUUUUCGGCAUGCCCAAUAGAUGAAAAUUGAUAAUCAGAAAGCAAUCAAUAUAAUCCAAUCAAUCAAAAUUAAUCAAUUAAAAUCAAUAUUGGUCCCAUCUAUCAAUGAAAAUUGAUACCUACCAAGCCCUCUUAAUUUUAUUGAUUAUUAUCAGCUUUAAUAGAUGGAGAAAAGAUGCUAAAUUUUCUCUCCUAAAAGUUGGCCUGUACAUUAAAAAACUGGGAAAAAUUGGCAGAUCUCAGUUAUUUUAAAUGGGAGUAGCUGUUUUCAUCAAACUCUGUUCAAUGCAUACAAAUCUGCAUUAUGGAAAGAUGCUAAAUUUUCUCUCCUUAAAAUUAGCCUAUACAUGAAAAAACUGGGAAAAAUUGGCUGACCUCAGUUAUUUUAAAUGGGAGUAACUGCUUUCAACAAACUUUGUUCAAUGCGUAAAAAUCUGCAUCUGUUCACAGAUUAUGGAGGGUCAUAAAGAGAGCACUAUGUAGCACAGGUUUCAACUGAUGAGACUUCAUGACACAUUUCAAUCAAGUUUUUUAAAUUUCUACACAUUUAGAGGAAAAGCAGCAAUUGAAUAAUAACAGGGAUGUAACUAAAGUUUUUAAUAGGCGGGAAUCUUGCAAUGAUAGGCAGGUAUUUAGGCCGAAGGCCCACUCUAACAUGCCUCUGGCAUGCUAUACCUAGAUUUGAAGGUGUAAACAAAUGAAAUAAAUAAAUUACAAUCUUCUGACAACAUUUAAAAACAUUUUAGAGAAAAAAGUAGUGCUGCACAGCUGGAAAAAUUGCGUUCACAGUCGGGUAAUUUUCCCGGCUUCCAGCUAUUAUCUACAUCCCUGAAUAAAGCUCUUUUAAAUAAGAAAGGCUAACAACUACUUAUGUGUAGCACAAAUGUAGGCGAAUCAUUCAUUAUUUAUCAAUUACUAUUGAAAAUUGAUAUAAUCACUGAAAACUAAUAAAAUUGAUGAAAAUCGAGUUUUGCAACUCUUUCAAUCUUCAGUUUUCAUCAUCUGUCUGUUAUCAAUUGAUCAAGUAUUAUAGAUUAAUAUAUCAAUUUAAUUUUAAUUUAGGGAUUAUCUAUUUUCAUUGAUCAGGUACACCAGGUGUAUUCUGUAAGGUGUAGGAAAAGAGCUUAUUAGAGCUAAUACAUGUGAUUGCUUUGUUCAAUGGGUACAAAUCUGCAUCUGUUCACAGAUAAUGUAGGGUCAUAUAAUAUAGAGAGCACUGUCUAUGUAGCACAGGUUUCAACUGAUGAGACUUUUCAUAACACAAUUUCAAUCAAGUUUUUCAAAUUUUACACAUUCAGAGGAAAAGGAGCAAUAAUUUGAAUGAUAAAGCUUUUUUAAGAAGAGGAAACUUACAUUAAGUAAGGCUUACAAUUACUUACAUGCAGCACAAAUGUAGCUGAAUCAUUUCUUAUUUAAAAAUUACUAUUGGCAAUUGAUAUAAUCGAUGAAAACUGAUUAAAAUCGAUGAAAAUCGAUACUGGCAACUCUUUUGAUGUUCAGUUUUCAUUGAUUGUCCAUUAUCAGUCGAUCAAUUAUUGUAGAUUAAUAUCAAUUUAAUUUUAAUUUACUGAUUAUCAAUUUUCAUUGAUUGGGCAUGCUGGGUGUAUUCCGUAAUGUGUAAGAAAAGAGCAUAGUAGAGCUCAUAUUGUGACUGCAAAAAUUAAGCUUGUAUUUCAAAAGUUAAGUGAAGAUUUACUUACCCAUACUUUAAAAUCUCUCUUUGGAAAUAGACUAAAGAGGGUGCAGAUGCUAUGACCUGGAUUGCAUUUGUGGUGUUGAGUACUAAGAGAGAGAUAAAAGGAAGAAAAGGAGAAAGGUGCUAAGUGGAUAAAUGAAAAAAACUAACAUGCAGAGGGAGUUAUGCUGCUGGAGGAUUUUAAAAAAAGCUUACUUUGCGCAGACUUUGAACAAAUGGUUGAAAAGCCCAAAUACAAUUUUAAAUGCAAUUUUCCCUUAAACUACAUUUUAACAGGACUCUGGCUAGCUAGACAGCUCUAGGUCAAAUUUUUUUCAACCUUUUCACUCCAAAGAUCUGAAAGGUAAUCCUCAUAACUGGUGACCAUACAGACCUGUGUUGGCUGUUCAUGAGAAUUUGGUGUUAUAUCAAAAAACUACCCUCUAGUUGAUAAUUUCUUAACCCUGAUUACUUAUCUGCUUGACAGUGUAUUAAAAUAUUUUUGUAAGAAGAAUGUAUAUGUUGGUCACUCCUGGGAGUGAAAGGGGUAAGACAAUUAAAUGAAAUUUUCCAGAAAUUCUAGAAAUUAUAGUGCUUCUCUGCAAUGGACUGAACAGAAAUAAGAGAGGUACAUUGACUAUUCCAUUACAGGCCCGUAUUUUAAAAAAAUGGGCCUAUUAUUUGCUUAUGUUUAUUGUUUUUCACCAUUCGACAUAUUGGUUAACAUGAUGCUACAUGCAUCUUCAAGGUUUAUUGCAUAGAUCUAUGUAUAGAUGAUAUCUUCUGAAAAUUUCAGAACCGUAGUGCUGUCAUUAGAGAGAGUUAUUGCUGUUGGCAUGAUGGCUAUAAAAUCAAGGUGUAUUAAGCGUGGUCUCACUGCUAUGACAACAAUUUGUGUCGAUAAUUUGUCUCCACGCUUUGCCGAGACUUUUCAAUGUAGGAUAAAGUCCUAAUGGGCAGAUGCCACAUGCUUUGCAGGGUGCUCUGAUCUACAAAGAAAUUGAUUUUGUCACAUUAAAGUUGGCAACUCCGCCAAGCGGAGAAUGAUAAGCUCAUUGCAACUUGAAAUGAUUCUAUUUUAAAUCCUCGCCUGCAAUACAUGGCGUACUUUCUCUUUACUGCAUUGUUCUUGCGUUACCCCUUUGUAGCCUGCGUAGCAGCCUAUUCCGUUUCCUUUUAGCGGUAGAAAGCGAAAGCUAAGGGGAAGUCGCGCGAAGGAUUAUAUUUUUUUGUUCCUUCAGUUCUCGUGCCUUCGGGAGACUCGCGCUUGCUUGAACGGAAACAGAAAAGACUGCUACACUGGCGAGU